GUGUGAAUGGAUUAAAUCUCUCACGGCUUAAGAGAACAAAUGGUUUAGGCCAUGGUUGGGUUGGCAUGGCAUCGUAACGAAGGCCCAUAAUCGGAUCCAAUAGAGUCAACCAGUCAAGAAGCGACAAAUUGCAAGGUGCCGAAUCUGCUGAUUGGUAUUACCAACUGCAACUUCCUGCUUCUCUUCCAACCUCACAGGAAUCCAAAUUUAUGUGACCACUCCCCAUUAAUUAUAUCAUCAACAAUAACCAAACCCCAUUUCCCCAUUUGAUCUUAAGCCCAUCCUUCACCCAUUUCAGCUUGAGGGGUUGGAGGAUUCGUCUUUGAUUUCUCUUAAAAAUGUUCGAAUCGCCUGUGGAAGAAGGGUGGCGGUAUUGGGUCAGAUGGCAAGUGCCUGUUUGUGGUCUAAUAAUCGCCAUUCCAUGUGUUUUUGCUUUGAAAUUCAUAAGAAAGUCAAUGACUAAGCCUCUGCUUCUCUCUGAUUUGUGGUCUACUCAUUGGAGGCAUCUUAGUCCUUCAUGGCUUCUACUUUACAGGGCUUUUGCUUUUGUUUGCUGUGUUCAGUUACUGUAUGAGAUCGUUGCCUUACAUGGACCUUUUGUCUUCUUUUUCUACACUCAGUGGACAAUGGCUUUAGUAGCAAUCUAUUUUGCGCUGGGGACAGUUGUAUCUGCAUAUGGGUAUUGGUGUCCUUCCAGGAAAACCCGGUCCAAAACUGAGGAGGAUGUUAAACUCAUGGAAAAAGAUCUGAAAAAGAAUGUAGACAUUGUUAAAGAGGAUACCAUAAAAGUGCAAAACGAAUGUGCUCAACAGGAAUUUCAGGAGAAAGCAGGAUGUUUAGGAACUCUUAUGCAAAUGGCAUAUCUGGCAGCAGCAGGUGCUUCUGUAUUAACCGACGUAGUGUUUUGGUGCCUUCUCGUGCCAUUUCUACUUGGUGAAAAUUUCCAAGUCAGCCUGUUGAUUGGUUCCAUCCAUGCUCUGAACGCUGUUUUUCUUCUUGGAGAUACUGCUCUCAAUAGCCUUUCAUUUCCUUUCGGUGGUUUCGCAUACUUCGUGGCCUUCGGCGGUCUCUAUGUCAUUUUCCAAUGGACGGUGCACGCGUGCUGUGUAAAUUGGUGGCCAUAUCCUUUCUUUGAGCUCAGUACACCUUGGGCUCCUCUCUGGUACCUUGGCUUAGCAGUGAUUCACAUCCCCUGUUAUGGAAUAUAUGCUCUAAUUGUGAAGGCAAAAUAUUCACUUCUACCAAGAUUAUUUCCUCAUGCUUUUGUCAAAUCAUUUUAGUUCUCUCUUUCUCUCUCUAUAUAAUAAAUAAUAAUAAUAAUUAAAAGUGGCUGCUGUUA